AUGAGUCUGAGUCGGAAUGGGACGCAGUGUCUCCUGAAAAGCCGGUUGAGGCAGCCAGGGGGAGGGGCCGAUGACUUGGGACAGCAAGAGACUACAAGGCUUCCUGGAAGAUGCACCGAGCUUGAGAGGGGUGGGACUGAUGAAGGCGUGACUGAGAAACGAAGGACCUUCAGACGAGGCGCCCAGAAGGGCCUCGUAACGGUGGCGUCCGACGGAAACCCAAGUGGCAGCCACGGGAAGCCCUGGGUGGGGCGUUCCAGGCCUGAGCCAGCCGCGAGGGUGACUCCGGAGGCGAGAGUUGGCCACGGCAGGAGUGUGGAGCGAGGCGCGAGAGAAACGGGCUUCGCGGGCGCAAAGGCGGAUUCCGUGCCGGAGGCCGUGACAAGACCACCACCCCCACCUGAUCCCAAGGUUGAGGUAGAGCCAGUCGAGGAGGAAGAAAAGCCACCACCUACCCCUCCUCCUCCUAAGAAAUCUAUGGCUCGGGAAUUGACAGUUGGAAUCAAUGGAUUUGGACGCAUUGGUCGCCUGGUGUUGCGCGCCUGCAUGGAGAAGGGCGUUAAGGUGGUGGCAGUGAAUGACCCGUUCAUUGACCCAGAAUACAUGGUGUACAUGUUUAAGUAUGACUCCACCCAUGGCCGAUACAAGGGGAGUGUGGAAUACAAGAAUGGACAGCUGGUUGUGGACAACCAUGAGAUCACUGUCUACCAGUGCCAGGAACCCAAGCAAAUCCCCUGGAAGGCUGUUGGGAGCCCCUACGUGGUGGAGUCCACAGGCGUGUACCUCUCCCUAGAGGCAGCUUCCGCACACAUCUCAGCAGGUGCCCAGCGUGUGGUCAUCUGUGCACCCUCGCCAGAUGCACCGAUGCUCGUCAUGGGUGUGAACGAAAACAGCUAUGACCCUGGCUCCAUGAACAUUGUCAGUAACGCAUCCUGCACCACCAACUGCCUGGCUCCCCUCGCCAAGGUCAUCCAUGAGCGAUUUGGGAUUGUAGAAGGGCUAAUGACCACAGUCCAUUCCUACACGGCCACCCAGAAGACAGUGGAUGGACCAUCAAAGAAAGCCUGGCGAGAUGGCCGGGGUGCCCAUCAGAACAUCAUCCCAGCCUCCACUGGGGCUGCCAAAGCCGUGGGCAAAGUCAUCCCAGAGCUCAAAGGGAAGCUGACAGGAAUGGCUUUCCGGGUACCAACCCCAGAUGUGUCUGUUGUGGACCUGACCUGCCGCCUCGCCCAGCCUACCCCCUACUCGGCCAUCAAGGAGGCUGUAAAAGCAGCAGCCAGGGGGCCCAUGGCUGGCAUCCUUGCCUACACCGAGGAUGAGGUCGUCUCUACAGACUUCGUCAGUGAUACCCACUCGUCCAUCUUCGAUGCUAAGGCUGGCAUUGCGCUCAACGACAACUUCGUAAAGCUCAUCUCCUGGUACGACAACGAAUAUGGCUACAGUCACCGGGUGGUCGAUCUCCUCCGAUACAUGUUCAGCCAAGACAAGUGAAGCGCAAAGGCCCCUCCUUUCCUCCCGGGUACUGCGCGGCCAGAACAUGAACCUCCCGUUCCCGCACUUGGCUCCCCGAGGGAAGAAGGGCGCCGGCGCGGGACCCCUUCUGAAAUAAAAACCGUGUGCUCAGA